AUGUCGAAGGUUGCUCCCGAAGGUAAACCAAAACAGCAUGAUCCUGGCUUCAAAGGACCAUUGAAAAAAAGAUCUUGCACAGAUAUCAUCUGUUGUCUCAUUUUCCUCAUCUUCUUCGGCCUACUCCUGUUGAUAUCUGCUUAUGCAUUCAUGAACGGCAAUCCAUUGUUGUUAUUAUAUCCCGUGGAUUCCGAAGGCGUCAUGUGUGGAUCGGGAGUUAAUGCAGGGAAAGAAUAUCUGUUCUAUUUCGAUAUCAUUCAGUGUGCGAAGUCAGGGAUAGCCGCCUUCCUGGUCGGUUGUCCUUCACCACAGAUUUGCGUCACUACGUGUCCAUCCAACUACUAUUCGGUAUUAACAGAUGUGCAAAGCGUCACUGAUUUGAGAUACUGUAAAACCUCCGCUGAUAUGACCAAAGAUGUUUACCAGCUGGUAUCUGACGACUCGUGCCCUGCCUACUUUCUCGCCAGCUCUCCAAUAAUCCGCCGGUGUGUGCCGAAUGUGCUGCUGGACGUUUUAACUGGCAUCGGAAACCUUAACGAAAAUCUUGACAGUAGUGCCACCACUGUUCUGACCGACAAGGAUGGCACAACAUUGACGAAUAGUAUAUUAGCCGAGGGAUUGGAUGUUUUUGGUGCGUUCAUAUUGGCUAAGGAGUAUGCCGAGAAGAUUAUGGCUGAUAUAUUGAAUACAUGGUGGAUAAUCAUUAUUUUCAUGAUUAUUGCCAUGAUACUAUCUCUGAUUUACAUCGUGUUGCUUCGCUUAAUGGCUGGUUUCAUCGUGUGGUUCACAAUCUUCGGAAUGUUGGGAGCGUUUGGAUAUGCGUCUUUUUACUUCCUGAUGGCUUACGUCGACCCUGAAGGGGACAAUGAUGAGAUGUUCAUCGCCAUCGCCGAAGGAGGAAUAUAUUAUUCGAAAUCGAAUAUGUAUCUCGGGCUUGGGACGAUGGAAGUUGAUGAAAAUUAUGAGGAAUAUUUCACACGUUUUGUAUUUAUCACGCUCUGUUUCUUUACAGCUAUUGUGGCCAUGGUGUUAUUCGUCAUUGUACUGGUUAUGGUCUUAUUCCUGUUUACGAGGAUAAGGAUAGCUAUCGGUCUGAUGAAAGAAGCUAGCAGAGCCGUCGGCGGGAUAUUGACAACACUGGCUUUCCCGAUAUUAAUAAUGGGACUUCAAGUCUUAGUUGUUGCCUACUUCAUGAUAUUUGCGGCGUAUCCUUUUUAUUUGAUAUUGAUGAAUUUCAACAGAAAUCAAAAUACCACCUCCAUUUCAGACAUGUGCGCUUACUUCGAGAAUAAUGAAGAGAUGUUCGUCUUUUAUGCCGCAAUAUUUUCCCUCUUCAUGUUUUUUUGGAUGAUAAACUUCGUGAUUGCACUGGGGCAGUUGACGUUAGCUGGUGCAUUCUCAUCGUAUUAUUGGGCAUUUGAGAAGCCGAAAGAUAUUCCAGUAUUUCCUCUGGCUGCGGCCAUGUGGAGAGCAAUCAGGUACCACCUAGGAUCUCUGGCAUUUGGCUCAUUUAUUCUUGCCGUAGUGGCGUUGAUCCGGGUUAUACUGGAAUAUCUUGAUCACAAACUGGGCGGCAGAGAAAAUGUGGUAGCGAAAUUCGUUGUCAAGUGUUUGAAAUGUUGUUUCUGGUGUUUGGAGAAGUGCCUGAAAUUCCUGACAAAAAAUGCAUAUAUACAGAUGUCCAUUCACGGGAAGAACUUCUGUUUUUCUGCAAAAGAUGCGUUUUUCACUAUCAUGCGAAACAUUCUCAGGGUGGCUGUAGUAGACAAAGUGGCAGACUUCGUCCUUCUUGUCGGUAAACUUCUCGUCAUCGGACUUACGGAGGCUUUGGCGUUUUAUGCCUUUGAGUACCUUGCAGAAUACCUAAUUACCGGAUAUGACUCCGUGACAGAUGUUUACAUUCUUCCAUUUUUGAUUAUUUUGGGGUGCUCCUAUGCCAUCGCCUCGUGUUUCUUCGAUGUCUUCUCAAUGGCACUGUCAACGCUGUUCAUGUGCUUCUUGGAAGAUAUUGAAAUGAAUGACGGAUCUUCUGAGAAACCUUACUUCAUGAGUAAGGAGUUGAUGAAAGUGAUUGGGGUUAAAAACGUCAUUAUGAGUGACAAACAGAAGAAAGGAGCUGGAGCAUCCAAUAACUUUUGA